CCUGCCCCGCGCACCGCGGUGAACUUUGAAACGGAGCUAUCAUUGGCGCGCUGAGAAACGCUGAUAUAUCUGUCACAAGUUUAUUUUCUUACUUGUACAUAUCUCCACUAUUCGCAUUGAUAUAUGUUCAGUAUUCAACAGCUCCCGUGAACGAGAGUGUUUCAACGGAUUUAUAAAAGUGAUUUUAAACUAAAAACACUGGAUAUUAGACUUGUUUAGUUUUAACGGAAUUGGAAGGCUCGAGCAUGAACCCUGCCACUGAGAUGUUGCUACGCCGGGCUGCCUGCCAAGCCGUGAGUCUUGUGCGUCAGAACACGCGCUGUGUGGUAACAGAACGUCGCCUUGAAAACUCCGCCACUGAUGCCAUUAUCAAUGCAUCAGAAAACACUUCCCAACUUCAAGAUCAAAAAACAAUUCAAGACUUACCGGGUCCAAGCGGCUACCCAGUUAUAGGAACAGCCCCUGAGUAUUUUCGGAAGCCUAACAGAGGGCAAAUGCACGAGGUCCAGAGACGGUUCCACGCCAAAUACGGACGUAUAUUUAAAGAGAGACUUGGACCUGUGACCAACUUAUCCAUUGCCGAUCCAAAAUUAGUGGAGGAACUGUUUCGCCAUGAGGGCCGAUACCCGACUCGACCACCAUACGAAGCCUGGUUGCAUUAUAAGGAGAUGAGAAUGAGGAGUAAAGGGAUAGUUUCAGCGUCUGGCGAAGAAUGGCGAAAGAUCCGAACGUUGCUGAAUCAAAGACUGAUGAAACCUCGACAAAUUCAGGAGCAUGUCAAUGAUCUGAGUAAGAUCUCGGAAGAGCUCGCAGAAAAACUUCGAGUUGCCCGAGAUCAAAACGAUAAAGACAAAUCUGUUCCGAAUAUCCUAAAUUUAUUCUACGCCUGGUCAAUUGAAAGUAUUGGUCAGGUCCUAAUACAUGAAAGAUUUGGAUGUCUUGAACAUGAUAUGCCUGAGACGAUGAACAAGUUUGUUCGAGCUAUCGAGGACAUGAUGUACACUAGUCACCAACUGAUCGUGUUUAGUAACGUACACAAACGCCUGAACACUAAAAUAUGGAGGACAUUUGAACAAUCAUGGGACAUCAUCAUUGAUGUUGCUAAAAGUAUUUUGGACUCUAAGAGAAAAUCUCUUGAGGAGCGGGUAUCGAACACGGAGGGGGACGAAGAGUUACAUAAUGCCACGUUACUGGAACAUUUCCUUGCUAAUGAGAAUCUUACUAUAGAAGAGAUCUACACAAAUAUGACUGAACUUCUACUUUCGGGAGUUGACACGACUUCAAACACUGUAGCUGUAUCGAUGUAUCUCCUAUCCAGGCAUCCAGAUGCGUUACGACAAAUCCAAAACGAGGUUGACAAUUUAAAUAUCUCGGACAGUAGUAUAACAAGCGAACAUCUAGCAAAGAUGCCGUACCUCAAAGCCACUGUAAAGGAGGUUCUCCGACUUUUCCCAACCGUGCCAACAAAUGCACGUGUUCUAAACGAAGACACAACUAUAGCCGGUCACAUGAUUCCUAAAAAUACGAUUGUGAUGUUAAACACCUUCACGAUGUGCAGGGAUCCAAACGAGUUUGAUAAGCCAGAUGAGUUCAUACCGGAAAGAUGGCUGAGAAACGAGGUUAGAGAGUUCAGUCCCUUUACGUCACUUCCGUUUGGCUUUGGCGCGAGAAGUUGUGUCGGAAGACGCGUCGCAGAAACUAUGGUGUACCUUAGUAUCGCGAAUAUUGCUAAACGUUAUGAUCUUCGUCCAACACCGGACGCUUUCACAGUCAAACCUUUCGUUAGAACAGUUCUUACACUUGGUGAUGACCUUCCCGUGGAAUUCUUAGACCGUUGAGUACGCACUGUCACUCAGCCAUGGAAAGCUCUGUUUAAGAAAGAUAAAAGGGUUACAGAUGGUACCGCUCUAUUAACGCGACAUUUUGUACAUCUACUUACAAAAUGAUCAAAAGGAGGCAAUUAUAUGUAAUUGUCUUAAACAAGGAAGCUUUGAGCGGAGCCGUUUUUAUUGUAUUUCCCUUUUAAUCGAUAUUUGAACAUAUUUUGGGAAGAUAAGGGAUGAGUAUUGAUGACAUUGGUGCCUUAAUUGUCAAUGAUAAUCAACGAAACGAUGUUUGCUAUUGAAAGCGACAUUGUAAUAUACUCUGUAGGUUUCUUUUGUCGUAUGUACUACCAUUGUCUAUGUUUAUUUAUCUUUUUUUUCUCUCUCUUUUGUAGACCUCAAGUUAUUUCUAUAUCACAAACUACCAGUAAUGAACUUUUGAAUUAUAAACAGAUUUGAAAUAUUUUAUCAUCAGAAAAUAUUAGAUUUAUAUUAUUCAAGAACAUUUUAGAUACGUUGGCAUAAGUACAUGACGAAAUUAAUUCAAAAUUUAAUGUUAGUAGAAUAUGAUAUGAGAUGAACUCAGAUCAGAAAUAUUUUACAGUUUUCAUCAUUUUAUCCCCAUAAAUUGUUAAAGAAAGCUCAAUAUUUUCGUCAAUUAUUUAGUGUAAGUUUAAGCUUUUAGUCAAAGAGAUUCAGAUAACAAUACCAGAGUUUUAAACACAGAACGCUGAAGCUUAAAUUAAAACCGGAGUCGAAUAAUAAAAAAUCUCAGGUUAGCGGACACUAAAAGUGAAUUUGAGCCUUCUAUAUGUGCAAUGCAAUGCUAGACUAACGGAUAUGUGCAAUCGAUUUGUAAAUAGUGGCAGUGUGCCGCACUUGAUGAUUAUUUGAUAGCAUUUAUUUGUAUGAAUAUUAGUUGAAUUUGAUAUCAAGCACAAAUUUUAGCAUCUAUUUUCGUCAUCAUCAUUAUCAUCACGAUUAAUGUCAUCACCAUCACGAUUUUAGUCAUCAUCAUCGUCAUUACAUGACAUCAUAUGUACAUACAUGUGUUUAUAAUUAUGUAUGUUGUUUUUGUAAACAUAUUACGUCAAUAACGGGUAUUUAAUUGUUUUGUGACAUAUUUCUCUUUUACAAGAAAAUGCAAAAAUUAUCAAGUUCACUCUUUCAUCAAUACUCAACUGUCUAUUGGACGAAUCUAGCUGUUCCAGAUCUGUGACAACGACUCUAAAAUAACGCGUCUGCUUAGUCCUCUUUUAUACUUGUCUGCUAAAUUUGCAUUUGUUCUGUUCUGUUCUUUCCUCAUUUAAGAAUAUAAAUAUGAUCGAAUUCUUGAGUUUGAACUUGAGUUUUAAAAAUAAAAUUCUAUGAAUGAUGUAAAGGUCAGUGUAAACUUAGAAAAACGACAAAAAUUAGCUAAAACUUUUUUUGUAAUUGGACAAAAAUUGGGCAGACGACACUUUUUUCACAAGGAGCGUUAAUGGAGUAAUAAACCGGAGGCUAUACGUUACCUAUCUUCGACUUAGUAUUAUAGUAUUAUUAUUAUCAAAGCGUUAAUAUACUUUAAUAUAAAGUAAAUGUUAGACUAAAAUAUGCCCUCAUUAUGAGACAAAUACUGGAAUUGACCAGUUUCUUAGAAGUUUGUUGUAAGAGUAACUUUUCUUUAACAAAAGUUUUUCCUUAAUAGCAAUAUGAAUGUAUUAUGAUCAGCAAAACACAACCUCAAAUCAAAAUUAAUUGAAACUAGUUUGACGUGCUUUUUUUAAUUUAUCAUUUUUUAUGUAUAUUUAAAACGAAUAUACUGUACAAUAUUAUUGAAAAUAUGAAAGAAAAAUAUUUAGUUUCAAAAUAGAUAUGCAUAUAUUAAGUGCGUUGAUAACAACUGUACUUGAUAAUUGUUAAAUCGUUUCGGAAUAAAUAUUAGGAUCUUCUGAUAACGGUUCAGACUGUUUGCUAAUUUUCCUGUUUAUUUUAUUUUUGUAAUAACUUUUUUCAAUUAUGUUAAAAUCUGAAUUUAUUUUGAUAUGUAUUAGCCUCUAUAUGGUAAGGAUAAGAAUUAAUAUCAUAUAUUGUAUUUAAAUUCACGCAACGUGGAUAUGUUCUAUUCAUUGUAGUGUAAAAUCCUUGUAAUGUUGUCGUGAAUAAACAGUUGUUUUAUUGUUGAAAAUA